GUGUUUUGUUUUUUAUGAUUUUGUUUAGAUGACAUAGACAAUAGACCUUCUGUAUGUGGAACACAUUAGUGCUGGGUCUCAUUUCUUUAUACAUCAUUGAAUGCUUACAUUAAAUCUUUAAGGGAAUAUCUAAAUCCACUUCCACAAAUAAAACAAUUUCAAAAUUAUCAAUAGUGCUGGAGUCUCUGACUUAACAAGGUACUGGAUUCAUAUCUGAAAUGGCUGUAGAAAAAAAUAAUUUAGCAGUAGCAACACAUAAUAUCUCUGUGCAUAAGCAACCAUAAUAGCUUAGCAUCCAGUUAAAAGCUUCUCUGGAAAGAGGAAUGUAGGCCCCGGUGCAGUUGUGUAGCAAAAAAAAGAAAAUCUGAUUUGUUAACAAGAGCCUCUUGAUGAUAAUAGGUGUCUGUCGUAGCAUGCUUCUCUGUUUAGCUCUGCCUCUGCAUCUUCCCCAUUCGUCAGACAUCUUCAGGAGGCUAAUGACACGUUGAAGGCAGAGGUAAAGAGACUGAAAGAAGCGGUGGAUGAAAAGGAACGAGAUAUGGAGCGCUUCAAGGAGACUCGUGUUGCUCGAAGCCUCAACACAAUCGAGGACAUGCAUUCCAGGCUGCAAAGCAACAUGGAGGCCAUCGGCAUGCUAAAUCAACAAUUGAACAUCAUCUGCAGAGAGAAUAAGCGGUUGCGUAGGCAGCUGGAGGAGGAGAGGUCCACGCGUAGACGAGUAAAGCACCAGAUCCCACGUCCUUCCACCUCCCAGCACUGCUUCUUCAUCCACCCCCCCCCACCUCACCUUAACAGCGUCUGUCCUCCUACCUCCUCCUCCUCCUCCUCCCCAUCCUUUCUUGGCCUCCUUCAUCCUCUGAGCACUGAGCCCGUGGCCGGGGACACUUGGGAUUUGAACUCCAAAUAAGCUGAGUGGAGCUGUUUCAGCCAAAUCAGGUGAGUCCCAGGCUUUUCGGUGAGUCGCUCUGGGAUAGCUAACUAAAAAAAGUCUGCUGUCUCCACUUCUUGGAAGACGCCGGAUCAAGGAGGACAAGGCAGCAUCUGGCAAAAUGAAGCCCCCCAGAAGGCUUUGAUUUGUCAUGGCUUUCUGACCCCUUAGUUUCUCACCAGGGAAUGUUUACUGCAAAAGGUUAAUGUCCCGCGGAUCGAAAUCAAAUCCUGGAGUUUUUUUUUUUUUUUUCUUUCCUGGAAGGGCCCUGAACCAGCAAACCCACUAAUGUCUUUAUUCUAAGUCUACAUAGAUUUGUUCUAAGGACAUUUUUACACAUUUAGAGAUGGUUUUAUUGAUUUUAUAACCUGGCAGUUAAUUGUGUCUUGAAAGAAAUUCAGCAAUCUAAACAAAUGUAGCCGAAUGAACAAGUGUUUAUCUCUUCAAAUCACAAUGUUAUUUCACUAUAAAUUGAUAACAACAAGCUCUAAGGUAGUUUUUAUUGAAAUUGUGUUAAAAUAGAUCUAGAUUUAAUGAUUUUGGUGCAAAUGACUCAUGUACGAAGUACGAAACAUCAUCAGUAGUCACACACGGACCAGAUGUUGGUACAAAUGGCUGUAACACAGGUUGUGAUUAAGCCACAGCUGUGUUCCAUGUGUCCUGUGUUUAUUGCAGUAAACACGGCCAUAUUUCUUCAUGUGUGUGGAUUCUGUCUGUGCUUAAGUCACUCUGCGAGCCUGUGGGAAGGAUAGGAUUAAGUAUAAUAGUUGUUUAAUGUCUUAGAUGUUGUUUAAUAUCUUUAUUUGUCUUUUAAACUGUUAAUCACUUGUUUGCAUUUGUGUUUUAGCCUCAUUUUGUGGUCAUGACAGA